UUACAAUUAGAUAGCAUGUUGUUCUCUUCUUCUCUCAUUAGGAGACGAGUCUUAUUUUGGUAAUAUUUCUAAUUACUACUAAUUCACUCCCCGAAUUUCCCUUCACUCGACUGUUUUUAUCUGAUCUGAAGCAAUCAACCAAAACCCAGACGUGCCUUUGCGCAACAAGCAACUAUUAGAUCUUCUGCAUAAAUUCCAAAACCUGAAAAAAAAUCCCAUUCCAUGAUUAUUGUUUUCUUUUUGUACCGUAAGAUCCCGAAAGGCUUGUAAUUUUACUGAACCGGAAGUUAGAGCUGCGAAAGGGGAAGAAACCCAUUUGUUUAACCCAAUUUUUUUUUAAUUGUUGAAGCGGUAUAUAAUGAGAUUGUGAUAGCUUGAAUUUUGGGGUUCUUCUGGGAGGGGUUUAGAUGGCGCCGUCGGAGGUGGUCGUGGCUACUGCGAUGUCGGGUUCGUACAAGGGGAUGUCAUCUGACAACAUAAAAGGGUUGGUGCUGGCAUUGUCGUCCAGCUUCUUCAUUGGUGCCAGCUUCAUUGUUAAGAAAAAGGGAUUAAAGAAAGCCGGCUCCGCUGGCAUUAGGGCGGGGGUUGGAGGAUAUUCAUACCUAUACGAGCCACUAUGGUGGGUGGGCAUGAUAACAAUGAUUGUUGGAGAAAUUGCCAAUUUUGCAGCUUAUGCAUUUGCACCAGCCAUUCUGGUCACUCCUCUUGGUGCGCUCAGUAUUAUCAUCAGCGCUGUACUAGCACACAUUAUUUUACGAGAGAAGCUACACAUUUUUGGAAUUCUUGGUUGUGCUUUAUGCGUUGUGGGUUCCACCACAAUUGUUCUACAUGCUCCACAGGAACGUGAGAUUGAAUCUGUGAAAGAAGUAUGGGAUCUUGCUACUGAGCCAGCUUUUCUCUUUUAUGCAGCUCUGGUGAUAGCAGUUGUUUUAAUCCUAAUAUUUCACUAUAUCCCACAAUUUGGACAGACGCAUAUAAUGUUCUACAUCAGUGUUUGCUCACUAGUUGGUUCUUUAUCGGUCAUGAGUGUCAAAGCACUUGGAAUUGCAUUGAAGGUAACAUUAUCAGGAAUGAACCAGCUGAUAUAUCCGCAGACAUGGACCUUUGCCUUGGUUGUCACUGUUUGUGUACUUACCCAAAUGAAUUACUUGAACAAGGCUCUUGACACAUUCAACACUGCUGUGGUUUCACCAAUUUACUAUGUUAUGUUCACGUCCUUGACUAUAUUGGCAAGUGUAAUCAUGUUCAAGGAUUGGGAUAGACAGAAUCCUACCCAGAUUGUCACCGAAAUGUGUGGGUUUGUGACAAUCCUUUCUGGAACUUUUCUCCUCCAUAAAACAAAAGACAUGGCUGAUGGUUCGACAGUCGUGCCUUUGCGACUUCCCAAACAUGGUGAUGAGGAAGAUGGUUUUGGUCAAGAAGGUAUCCCACUAAAACGGCAGGAAUCCUCGAGAGCAGCAUAACCGCUUCUAUUUUGGUCGAGCCUGCAGUCCCUCAAAAACAAUAUCUUUGGGAAAGAGCGACCCCUGUAAUUGUAUUGUAUCAAAUACUGGUCAUAUACUCAAGAACCUUUUUGUAUACAGUAGGAAGGAAAGAAUGAGUUGUUUCUUGAAAACUACUAUUUCCAGUCAGCAGUCGAAUUUUUUUUUUUUUUUUUUUAUCUGCUGUAGAAGUAUUGGAGCGGUACCAAGGCUCAACAGAUAACUUCAAGUCAAAAACCAGCUUCAUGGUACUUCACAUUCCACGAGUCCCUUGUAGUUUACCAGAUAAUAAGUCGAUCAUUCCCGGCCCACCAAGCAAAACCGGUGGUAUCUCA